AUGGUGAUAAACAAUUACCAGACGAUAACGCUGAUUGGUCAGACUGGUCAAUCUGUAACUGCGGAGUACAGAGCAGGAAAAAAAUAUGUACAACAAAGGUACCACGAAUUCGGCAACAGGAUGCAUUGGACUACCGACGGCGACAAAAAAGAGCAAGCAAUUCCUGCCCAAUGCCGGAAUACGAAACCAGGCCUUGCCAUUCAGAUCGAUGUCAAUCGUGACUACUGA